AUAGGUUAUGGAUCCUCUGCUACGGUUUACAGUGCUAUUUACAAACCACAUGACAAAAAAGUAGCUAUUAAAGUCAUCAAUUUAGACAAGUUUGAAAGAAAUCAAAUAGAUGAACUAAGGAGAGAAACUGCUCUUAUGGCACUGUCAAAGCACCCUAAUGUGCUACAAGUCUUUGGUUCCUUUGUUCAUGGGCCUAAACUAUACAUUGUCACGCCGUAUAUGUCUCCUAACAAAAAUAAAGGAUCAUGCCUGGACAUUAUUAAAAUAAAGCCUGAGGGACUUGACGAAACAACGAUAGCAACAAUAUUGAAACAAGUCUUGGAAGGAUUAGCCUACCUUCACAAAAAUGGACAUAUCCAUCGUGAUGUGAAAGCUGGUAAUCUCUUGAUGGAUCAGAAUGGUACUGUGCUUCUAGCAGACUUUGGUGUAGCAAGUUCUUUAAUGGAGACUGGUGUUCGUAAAACUUUUGUCGGCACGCCUUGUUGGAUGGCCCCUGAGGUAAUGGAACAAGCAGCUUACGAUUAUAAAGCAGAUAUCUGGAGUUUUGGUAUCACUGCCAUCGAGCUCGCUACAGGCAGGGCACCUUUUGCCAAGUUACCUCCUUUAAAGGUCCUUAUGCUCACUUUAUCUUCUGAUCCACCCACACUGUGUCGUGAAACGAGUGCCAACAAAUACUCUAAAAUAUUUAAAGAUUUGGUUGAUUUAUGUAUGAAUAAGGACCCUUUUAAACGUCCUAUGGCUGAAAAACUAUUACAACAUCCAUUCUUCAAGCAGGCCAAGAAACCUGAUUGGUUAGUAAAGAACUUGAUUAAAGACAUACCAUCUAUCGAUCAGCGUCCUAUGAAGUCGGUAGAGCCAAAGAUUGAAGCAAAUUCCAAGGCAGUGGAUGAAUGGGAUUUCAGCGAUAUAAACAAUAAUCGACCCAAGCGACAUAUCUCGUUUGGUCAUGCAGUCGUAAAGAGCCGAGGACAUGCAUUAGCGAAGAGAGCUUUGAGUGAUGACUUUAGAAAGCCGAGAUUAGGAAAGCAUCAGCAUCAAGCAUCAGCACCAUCUGUGUUCCCCAUCUUUCAAGAUGUACAAAGAGAGAUAUCAGUCAUAUACAGAAGACUUACUCAUAUUCAUAGGAACAACAGCAAACGACACGUAACUGUGGCGUACACGACAAAUCGAGUUUGGUUACAUUUUCUGAAGAACAAGCAAUUACACGAAAAACAUUGUAUAAAACACAAAGUCAAGAAGGCUUCAAGAAAGGGGAUUCAAUAG